AUGUCAAGAAGAGGAGGGAACACGCCUUUCCUGGACGCGUGCUUCCUCUGUAGAAAGCCGAUCGCCGGCGACCGCGACAUCUUCAUGUACAGAGGCGACACGCCUUUCUGCAGCGAGGAGUGCAGGGGCGUGCAGAUGGAGGCGGACGAGGCGGCGGAGCGGAAGGAGAAAGAUUGCUCCGGGAGGCUGACGCAGCCGGUGCCACCUGCCAGCGAAGUGCAGGCCCCUGACGAGCGUGGAAAGGUUCGAGCAGGGUCGAUCCUAGCCUUGUAACUGAAGUUCCAAAUCGUGUCUGCCGGUGACUUUUCUUUUUUCUCUUUCGAAGAUCUCACAUGAUCGCUUUCGUUUCCGCAUAUACAAGGGUUUGUGUUUUUUUGUUCAAACCCUUGGAUUGUACUUAGUGAUGGUUUUCAUGUACCAUUUGGCCGCGUGUGUUUUGCGUAUCGUUUGCACUAGUCGAAAUAUACAGAGAGAAUAAAAGUGACAAUGUGGUUGCUUCAAGAAA